AUGCAUCUCCUCCCCUAUCCAGCUCUGCUGCUCAGCCUCUGCGGCCUCUCUCUCGCCGUCCUCGGCCUGGAAAUCGGAAUUGAUGUCGAGACGGACUCCUCCCCACCGAUCUACACCAGCACCACCAUCACCACCCAGACAGAUCCAACCCCCCUCCGUCUCCUCCCCACCCUCCUCGCAUCCUCCCCCUCCAUCCGCACAAUCAACACAACACCCAGUGAGUCCAUCCGCACCACACUGGCCCUCUACCCCCUCGCCAUCGACGGGAAAGACUUCGCCUCCCUAUCCUCCAUCUUCGCCCCCGACGCCAUCGCAAACUACUCCGCGCCCCUGAACGUCCUCACCCCGCUACAAUCCAUCCAGGACACACUAAGCGCUAGUCUAGCAUGCGUCGCGACGCAGCAUAGCCUGGGCACGCAGAUUAUUGAUGUCCUCUCGCCGCUGGAGGCGCGCAGCGUGACGUACUUCACGGCGUCGCAUUUUGGGAGGAGCGCGAAGAUGGCGGGCCAGGUUGCUACGGCCCAUGGGCAGUAUCAGGAUUUGUGGCGCAGGCAGGAGGAUGGGAGUUGGAGGGUUGUUGUUAGGAAUUUGGUUUAUAUGAGCGAGGUUAUCGGGAACCAGGCGGUGUUCAGGUGCUGA